AGUCGGCUGUGCUAAAGAUGAAGUGUAUCGUUCUGCUCACCUUCGUAGCCUUCUGCUACUCCUACCCAUACGGUUCCGGGUCCGGAGGAAAUGUUGAAGUCAACCAGGAUGGAUCCAUCUCCGUAACUGCUGCCGAUGGUAGAAAAAUCACCAUCUCCAGAGGUCCUCAGCAGAACAAUAUUGCUGCUGUUGGAUAUGAAAGGUAUAAUAAAAAUAUCUGGUACCAGCCUCCUCAAACGGAUGCUCUCGCAAGAAUUCUUGCCCAGUACCAGGGAGACGUGAACCAGGACUCUUAUCAGCAACUCCUCGGCGACGUUAGAGUUGCGGUCCAAGCUGGACAACUCAGCAAUAAUGUUUUUGAGGCUCUUCAAAAUUUGAAUCAAGCUCAGAACCAGGAAAGACAAAGGGCUCAGGUACGUUUUGGUACAAAUCCGUUCCAAAACCAAGCUGCACAAGAAGCUCUGCAAGAAUUGAGGCAAGCUCAGCAAAUUCAGCAACUGAUUCAGCAACAACAGCAGGUUCAACAAGUACUGCAACAACAGCAGCAGCUAAGCCAACGUCUUCCAGGAUCUCAAGUUAGUGCCAACAUCAGAGCAAUUGAAAAUCAGGGUGCCUAUGGACAGCAACGCAUUGGAAGAGGUGCAGGAGUUGGAAGGCCUUGGGGUACACUCAUCGCUGACAUUUUAAGUGGCAACAGGCAACAAAAUGCUGGGCAGAACAAUCAACAGAUUGGACAAUCGGUUUCUGAACAGCUCUCUCAAAUUGCAGAAGAAGAAAGGGAAAUUUUGGCCCAACAGGAUCAAAUUCAGCAACAGCAGUUACAGCAGCAGCAGCAACAGCAACAACUUCUCCAGCGACAAUUGCAACAACAACAGCAACAGCAGCAACAGCAGAACCAGCAGCAGUACAUCGAACAAUUGCAGCAACAGGUCCAACAGGAACAAGAGCAGAUAUUGAAUCAACAGCAGAGGCUACAACAGGAACAGCAGCAGCAGGAACAACAGCAACAACAGCUGCAACAACAGCAGCAACAACAACUGCAGCAGCAGCAACAAUUGCAGCAACAGCAACAACAGCAGCAGUUGCAACAACAACUGCAGCAGAAGCAACAACAGCAGCAACAGCAACAACAACAGCAACAACAACAGCUAGAGCAACAGUUGAAGCAGCAGCAACAGUACAAUGCUCUUAGAAAUCUUUUGAACGGUGCGAGAGCUUCCAUUCAAAAUAGAGGACAACAAGGUAGUUUUUGGCAACAGCAACCUGGUGUCUAUUCUCAAAGGGGACAAUAUGGAGUUUAUGGCCAAGGAUUUCAGCGUCAGUAUGCUCCAUUGGUUUUCUAAGAGGAUAUAGCAAACGAGACUGGAUUUAUGGAGAAUGACCAACUAUGUAUUUAGUUUAUGAAUAAACGAUUAUAUUGA